AUGAACCUUUCUAUAGUUUUUGGUGUUUUCCUUUUGAAAGACUCAAUGGCAUCAAUUCCAAAUUCUGGAAGAAGUUUUACUACUGAAGUAAUGAACACAAUUAAUCGACAAUCCAUAUUACAACAUACGAUUGCAAUUGCUAAAACAUCUUUUUCAGAGCAAAUUGCUAAAUCUUUUAUGAAGUUAAGAUCAUAUCAACAAGAAAUUAAGGGUACAAUGACAAAAUACAAUUUUUCAAUUCAAGAAGCAUU